UUACUAGAUCAGUUCUGGUGGCCAUCUCUUACAGAAGACAUUAAGUACUUCAUUAGGACUUGUCAUACAUGUCAGACUUGGCAGAUGCAACAAGUGCUGAUUCCACCAAGUAUUCCAGAGAUUGUACUGCUUUUCCAAAAGAUCCACAUAGAUACAAAGGUUAUACUGAAACUUGUAACAGACAACAGAAUGCCUUACAUUACAGUGCUGGACUAUUUGCAAGAAUGGUACCACAUCAAUCAUAUUUGGAUUUCUGUGUAUAACUCCUACACAAACAGAGUUAUUGAGUGGAAACACUUGGAUGUACAGGAAGCAAUUGUAAAGACAGUAGGAGACAAUAUUGGACAUUGGUAUAAGUACACACAUUCUGUGUUCUGGGCAGAGCAGAUUACAAUUCAGAAAGUGACUGGAUAUUCUCCUUAUUACCUUGUUCAUAGAGUAGAGCCAAUAUUACUGUUUGACCUGAACAAGGCAAUGUAUUUGGUUCCACCUGAAGGAUUGCUACUAACAACAGAGGAACUGGUAGUGAUACAAGUACAACAAUUGUAG